AUGAACAUUGGAUUACGGAACAAGAAUAAAGUGGAUGACACAGACUCUUCCACUAAAUGCAUACGGGACGCUGCAAGGAAAAAUCUCUCGGUUUCUCUCGGAGGAAGAACUUUUGCCUAUGCGGAGACAAUAUCCACGUACAAUUCUGUAUGUGUUGCCCGCACUACAGGUGAAUUCAGCCAGGAGAAGCGUCUGACAAGGAGGUGCCAUCGUCAUCUGAAAGGUGAGAACAAAUGGUCGUCAAGAACGAAGGAGUUCGAGAAGGCGUGGGAGGAAAAGGACCCGAGAAAAGCCUAUACUCUGCUAAUGCAGUAUAGGAGCAAGACGAAAGGGUGUUCGCCUGUCUUGAACAGUGCCAGCGGAGUCGUUGACGGGGAAUCAACCUUGCAUAACUAG